CCCGCCCCUAAGCUUUGGGAAAGUGGAGCUGCACAGAGGAACUUUGUGCCAGCCACCCAUCAGUACAGGAAACCGGGAGUCUGCUUGAGUAACACCCAGGUCACCUUGUGAGAGGUAUCUGCAGAGAUGACUACUAUGCUGCCCGGGGCUCCCAAGGGCAAUUCCUUGUCGGAUCAGAGCUACUUCAGAAAGGGUAAAUCCAUUGCACAGACGGGCCGCAGUAAACUGCAGAAUCAAAGGGCCACCUUAAACCAUCAGAUCCUAAAAGCCAUGCGGAUGAGAGCUGGAGCAGAAAACCUUUUACGGGCAACCUCAAACAAUAAGGUUCGUGAGCAGGUACUUCUGGAACUGAGUUUUGUGAACUCCAAUCUCCAGCUUCUGAAGGAGGAGUUGGAAACGCUCAAUAUAUCCGUGGAGGUUUAUCAACACACAGAGCAGGCCUCCAACAUUCCACUUAUUCCAUUAGGGCUUAAAGAAACAAAAGAUGUUGAUUUCACAACAGCAUUCAAGGACUUUAUCCUGGAACAUUAUAGUGAAGAUGGAUCGGAUUAUGAGAAUGAGUUAGCUGACUUAAUGGACCUAAGACAGGCCUGUCGUACACCCAGUAGAGAUGAAUCUGGAGUUGAGUUACUGGUGAAUUAUCUCCAUCAGCUUGCAUUCCUAGAGAACAGAUUCUUCCCACCCAGCAGGCACCUGGGGAUUCUAUUCACAUGGUAUGACUCUUUUACUGGAGUUCCAGUCAGUCAGCCAAAUAUCUCCUUGGAAAAAGCCAGCAUUUUGUUCAACAUAGCAGCUGUGUAUUCACAGAUAGGCACCCGUUGUAACCGGCAGACAAAAACUGGAUUGGAGGAAGCUGUAAAUGCUUUUCAAAAAUCUGCAGGUGUUCUUCAGUAUCUAAAGGAAAACUUCACUCACACUCCCAGCUAUGACAUGAGUCCUGCUAUGCUGGCGGCCCUGAUAAAAAUGCUGCUAGCGGAAGCGCAGGAGUGUUAUUUUGAAAAAAUGAUCUUACCUGGAAUACACAAUGAAUUCUUCACUCUUGUGAAGAUGGCACAGGAGUCUGCAAAGGUUAGUGAGAUUUACAUGCAAGUCUUCAAUGCAAUGAAUCAAGCUCCAAUCAAAGAAAAUGUCCCCUAUUCCUGGUCCAUCAUGGUGCAAGUGAAAGCCGAACAUUACAAAGCCCUAGCGCAUUACUUUGUGGCAAUUCUGCUGAUAGACCACCAGCUAACCCUGAGAGAUGAUGAAGACAAGCAGGAGAAGGCUGUGUCACAGCUUUAUGACCAUAUGCCAGAAGGACUAAAGGCCCUGACCAUAUUAAGGGACAAGCAACAGAGAACGCAACUAGGUAAAGCUCAUUUAUGUAAAACCAAAUGCAGUCAUGAGGAGGCAAUCAGACUGUCCAAUUUGUGCAGCAAACUGAGGAAUAUAGAUAUGCUACAGGAGAUCUUGUCUGCUUUCCACAAGCGCUCACAGCUCAAAUACUCUCAGCAUGAGAAAGACGACGACUUCCUAAAUUUAAUUUCAGCACCAGAUAUUGUUAGUAAAUCAGAAUUCAAAGCAGAAUGCAUAGCGCCACAACUUACACAAGUGAAAGUAAUUGAUCUUUUCCAUCGGCUGGGACCACUGUCCGUAUUUUCAGCAAAGCAGAGGUGGUCUGCGCCAAGGAAGAUACAUCUAACAGCAGAGGACGGUGACUUGGGAUUUGUAUUAAAAGGAGACAGUCCAGUUCAAGUAACAUCACUGGAUCCACUCUGUGCUGCAGCGAGAGAAGGAAUGAAAGAAGGAGAUUACAUUGUAUCUGUAGCAGGCAGUGACACUAAAUGGCUGAAUGCAAGUGGGAUCAUGAAUCUGAUUAAAGACGUCGGUGAAGAGGGUAUCGAUAUUAAGGUGGUCAGCAUACAGGAGUCUACGUCUAGUGUGUAUAAUAAAAGCGCCACAUAUUAUGCUGGAAUGCAGAAGACCUAUUCUUUGGUGUGUUUGGCUAUGGAUGACGAUAAGAAUCACAAAACAAAAAAAGACACAAAGAAGAUCUCUUUCCUCAGCUGGGGAUUUAAAAACCGUCAAAAAGCUGCAAGUACACUCUGCCUCCCGUCAGCUGCAGCAGGCAAACCAGCAACAGACAAGUUAUUUCCCUCACUGUAUGCAAAUGGCGGCGACAGCGCGAUGUACUGAUGUGCACGUGACAGAAUGAACAUUUCUUUCUCAGUGCGGAGGGAGUCAUUGGCAGCCACUGUGAAAAAUUUGGAGCUGUGAUUACUUAAAAUAUUUUUGUAUUUUCUUUAUGAGUAUAUAUUUUUUUCUUUUUAAGUUGAUGUCAGACAUUUACAUAUAAGUUAGUUUAAUAAUAUGACGUAUUUAAUAUAAGAACAUGUAAAAUGAAAUAAAACAUCACAAAAAAAAAAGAAAAUUGAAGAUAACAUUGUUGGAUAAAUCAUGUAAUUAACCAUAGAAGAUAUACAAAUGGUUAUUCAUAAAAAAUAUUUAAGCUGGUUGAUUCGGAAUUUUUAAUUUGCUUAUUGCAGUUUACAGUUCCAUUUAGACCAACCUCUUACAAUAAGAGAGUAUUGAAACAGUUUGUUUUGCAGUGUAUUUGUAUAAUAGACGUAAAUAUUCAUACACAUGUUAUUCAUUAUGUUUAUAAAAGAAAAAAGUUUAAAAAGAUUUUUGUUGAUUUUAUUAUAUUUUUAAUUUUAUAUUUCCUAAAGAUGUUCAUCAUAGUCUAGAAUCAAAAUAUCUAUGAUGGGUCCCAGGAAUAAAUAAAAAUAAAUAAUAAUUUAUGGUUAAUAUUACAAAUAAAAUAUGUAAAACAUUUAUUUAAGCAUUUAGUAUUGCUUACAGUUUUCUUGUUGACAGGCUGCAGAUUCAUUUACAGAUAUUUACACUGAAACGUAAGCAGAUUAUUACAAGCUAAACGUUUAAACAAAGAUUCAAUUUAAACACAAGUCUCCGAUACUGAAAUUCCUCAUGUUCAUAACUUAUGCUGCUAUCGAAUUAGUUUUUGCUCCAAGGUCUAUGGUUUAUGUUGAUGAGUGUGGUUGAACACUCUGAUAGUUAUUUUGUCACCUUUUUCCUACUAAUGUUCUAAUUGUGGACAGUGUUGAUUUUUGUCAAAUAACAUUUUACCGUUAAUUUUUAUUGUAAAACUGAAAAGCUAUCCACAGGGUGGGUAUUAUAGUGCUAUUUAUAGAUACGCUUUCUGUAUCCAGACUUUAUAAAAUACUUUGUUUUACAGUUAAAGGAAUAUGACAGAUGAUGUUAGAUCAAAUACAAAAUAAAGUAAAUAUUAGCUUUAAAUGCUUUCAAAUAUAUAUGUGUAUGCUUUAUACCUAUACUAUAUAAUUUUGCCAUUUGGUUAUUUGUGAAAGUGACAUUAAACAUUAAAAAUAUUUUAUAAGCAUAGUAUUGAGGUCAUUCCCUGUCUCCCUCUAAUCAUGGGUGCUGCCAUAUUGAAAUCUAGCUUAUGCACUAGCUAUGUGCAAAAGCUCUUUCAGAUACCUGCAGUGUAACCUCAGUUCCAAAAUGGUGUGCCCAUAAUUAGAGGGAGGUGUAUGAAAGAGCUUAUGCACUAGCUAUGUGCACAAGCUCUUUCAGAUACCUGCAGUGUAACCUCAGUUCCAAAAUGGUGUGCCCAUAAUUAGAGGGAGGUGUAUGAAAUGUAUUUAGUGUUUAAUGUCCCUUUUACAAGAUGUGGUACUUUAAUUCAGCGUCAGCAAACAUGAAAUUGAUUGAAACCAAUCAUACUCAGUCUAUUUACUAUGAUAAGGAUCAUCUUCCCUGUUAACUUUUCUUGUUUAGUUUUUGAAAAUGAUUCCAAGGGCAUAAACGAUUAAGGUAUGCUUUAUUUUACAUGAUUUACAUUGUUCUGUCUUACUAUGCCUUUAAACUCUCAGACCUACUUGCUGCUCUCAUUUCAUAAUCAUUUCACUGUUGCAUUAAUCAAAUGGUUAAAAGGAUUUAAAUGACUACAGUGCCUAUAUGAUUCUACUGUUACCUUAUUUUUAAAGGGAUAGAAAGGUCAAAAUUGAAAUGUGCAUGGGUGAACUUCAGUUUGAAAUAAAAUCAUAAUUGCAUUAUACAUGCAUCAAAAAUGCUUCUAGUAAAAGUUAAUACUGUUUUUCUAUAGCAUACGCACAUAUCCUGUGAGGGCCGUGCACGAGUAUUCAGACACUACACCUUCUCAGAGAGUCAGCAGUAGCGUGUAUGACACAAAUCGUGUCUUCACUGGCACAACACACUAUCUUCAGCUCUCUCAGCUUGAAUACUGGUGCACGGGCCCUCACAGGAUAUGUGCGUAUGCCUCAGAAAUACAGCAACAACUUUUACUCGAAGGGUUUUUGCUAAUGGAAGUAUAUUUAAAAAAUGCUUCUAUUUCAAAUGGAAAUGCACCCAUGCACAUUUUAUUUUUGACAUUUCUAUCCUAUUAAAGUGAGGAUAAAACAUUUGUGUAUAUGUUACUGUGUAAUCUAUAUUGUUUGUAAAAGAUGUAUAUACUUAAGUGUAUUUAAAAUAAGCUGUGUUGAUAAAUAUACAAGGUUAUAAAUAUACAUGGCCAAAAUAAAUUAUAGUCUUGUUUGAUUAAAGUAAA